AUAUUGCUAAAUAAGAGGUUAGUAUUGCCUGCAAAACAUCAAAAACACACUUGUGUCUUUCUCAAGUUUAAUAAAUAUAAUAAAUAUCACUCAAUAUCAACUUUUGAAUUAAUUUGGAUAAAAACGUAUUACAGUCUAAGACAACAUUGUAUUGCUGGAUGAUACAUAUAUACUGAUUUAUUGACAUGUAAAAAAUAGAAUUACAUUGAAUUUAUGUGAAGACGUAAUUUUAUCUACCUAGUAUUUUGUAAUUUGCUAAUUAUGGAAGAAGUUCUUCAACAAUUGGGAAUUGGGAUUCGAUCUGUAAAUGAUCCCUUCUUCGAUGAUUCCUAUAAAGUUUGUAAAGUAUUUCAAAGGAAAGGUAUCACAAUUGACGAUGAGGAGGAAUUGUGUCAUGAAGUUGUCAGAGAGUUUCCAUGUUAUGUCCCAGGAUGCCAGGCUACUUUCCAAACUUUAUUUGAUUAUGAAAUACAUUAUAAUAGUUCUCAUCGAUAUACUUGUACAGAGUGUAAAGUAUCUAGACCAAGUCCAAGAUUGUUGGAAAUUCAUAUUCAAGAGACACACGAUGCCUUCUUUAAGAUUUUGUCUGAAAAGCAAGCCAUGUAUCAAUGUUAUGAUUCUGAAUGCAACAUAAAGUUUAAUGAUCCAGUGGAAAGAAGGGAACAUUGCAUAAAAAUACAUAAGUUUCCAAAGAAAUAUCGGUUUGACAACAUGCAACACUAUACCAAGGAAGACGAAUCAAAAAGAAUGGAAAUUGAUGAUGUUGAUGAUAAAAUUAAGAAAAAACCUAGUAAAAUAUUCUUAAAAAAUCAGAAAAGCAAAAUGUUUCCAAAAGGUACUACCAAUGUAGUCUGCGGAAAUAAUGUUAGUUUACAAACAAUUCCAAAUACUAAUAUCAAAACUAAAAUAACAACACCAUUAGUUUUUAUUCCUAGGCAAGUACAAAAAUCGUUUUCAAAAGUACUUACAAAUAAUCAAAAUAGAGAAAAAAAUGUUCUUGAGUCAGAAGUUAUGACAGAACUUGCAGAUUCAUUACCUGAUUGACAUUUUGUGUACAAAAUCUGUUUAAUUUCAUUGACAAAACAUUUUAAGAGACUUAUCCUUUUCUAGGAAUGUAUAAAUUUUAUUGAGAUAAAUAAAUGGUAUUCUAUACAUGAAAAGUUGACAGAAA